AUGACUACCAUUACUAUUUCAAGUGACUAUGGUUAUGUCCUCCUCGCCGGUGUGGCUUCCACGAUAAUGACAACUUAUCUUGGACUGCGUGUUGGUGGUGCUCGUGCCAGAGCAAAAGUUCCUUAUCCAUUUUUGUAUGCAGAGAAAGCCGAAGCCGAACAAGAUAAAGACAAAAUGGUUUUCAACUGUUAUCAAAGAGCGCAUCAGAAUACUUUAGAAAAUUAUCCCAGCUUUCUCCUCACACUUUUCGUAGCCGGUGUUGGAUUUCCGAAAAUUGCCGCAGCCUCAGGCUUUGUAUGGAUCGCGAGUCGCCUUGCAUAUGCUCACGGAUACUACACCGGUGACCCUAAAAAGAGAUCGAGAGGAUUUUUCGGCUAUAUUGGGAUGUUGACAUUAUUGGCUACUUCAACUCUUACUGGAGUAAAAACGAUAACAAAUGGCUUUUAA